CUUGGUUACCACUGUAUGAUUUUAUCUAUUUUAUCUAUUUUUAUCUAUCCUUUCUUUCUUGUAGUACCCAAAUUACGUAAGAGAAGAAGAAUUGAAGACGCCGAGUCUGCCACGCCAUUGGCUAUCGGAUACUGGGGCAAACCACCAACACUAGAGGGCGCCAAAUUCGAUUUCCUCUGCAUCCAUGCGACUCUACGGUCGCUCAAACCAGAUGGACCCACGUUCAAAGAGGUUUUUAUGGUGGAUUCUGGGAGUGACGUAGUGACAGCGCGUCAAGAGAUCUUGAACCGGUUAGAUCUGGAACUGAUCGGUACAAUCCAGAGCAGAGGAGUACAUACAACCGUCGAGAAACAACUCUAUAAAGCCAUGCUAGUCAUAGGCAAUCAUGAGGUUGAGAUCGAGAUUAUGGCGGAACCAUACGAGUCCAUUGGAAACCGAGUCAUGAGGCACUUUCGUCACGUGAUUGACAGCACGGUACACUAUUGGCUGCCCGAAAGCAGAGUAGAGCCUUCGGAAGGCAUGACUGUGAGCAGCCGAAGUGACCCGAACACCAGCGGCGAGACUUCGGGCACACCCGAAUCGGACGAAGAAAAAGCCGAAGAAGAAGAAGAGGAAGAGGACGAGAAUGAAGAGGACGAGGAAGAGGAGAAUGAUGGCGUAGCCUCCGUCGGUGAUGGCGCAGAGGAAGGAGAAGGUGACGGCGGCGAGGAGGUGGAGGAGGAGGAAGAGGAGGAGGUGGAAAACGGUGCUCAAGGGGUUGUCGAAAAUCAGGAAGACCCAUAAGGGGUCAGAAAAGGCCAAAAUAUUGACGGGUAUCGACUUGGAUUAGUCAGCUAUGUAGUCAAGAUGAAGGGUGCCAAAAGUUGUUCAUUUCAUACAAUUCACUUAAAAUUUAACAACUGAAUAAGGAAAGUAAGAUUAUAAGAUAUUUUCCCUAUCAAACAAUCAAUUAUAAUAGUUCUGGAAGGGUGCUGCCCUGGGUGUAGGGUUUAAGAACGUGGCUUUGUUCGGCGUCUUAUAUAAAAAUGGCAGAUGAUUCUCAAAGAUUUUAAUGUUGGGAACGCCGAUAAUUGAAAUCGAUGCGAUUAGGAUGGUCCCGUCCUUUUAAGAAUGGUAUUUUACGGAUUAUAGAGAUUAGAAAUGCACUAAAAGGCACUUGGUAGUAUUAAGCUUUAGUUCUAAUAAAAUUAGGUUCAGCCGAUAGGGCGUAACUCAGAAGAAGCAACACAUGCCAAGUAAAAGCGAUUACUUUGGGACCACAAUCAUUACCCAACCACUCGGAAUAACAGUAACAGUUAUUUAUAAGAUUCACUGGCAAAUCCAAAAGUGAUGGAAUAUUUAUGCGGCUUCGAAAGUAAAGGGAGCAACAAGUGAAUAGAUUUUUUAAAGGUAAUGUAGAUUUUUACGAAUUAAUAUGGAAAUACCAGACAGUCACGGUCGUGAAUUCUGAGAAACCCGAUUUCCAGAUCAUGAUGGAAACUAUGUCUUGGUUGGAAACUUGGUUGGAGAUGAUGUUGAUGUGCUGUAGGGCUUCGAUACAUGGGUUCCCCUGUACGAGCCUUCUAUGGUUCUGUUAAUGUCCAUAUCGACGUUUAAUCUGCAGAAUAUAAAAACUGAAAUAUUGAUAAAUCGCUUUUUGAGCUGGAAACCAGUAAAUACAGAAGGUGUUGAUUUAUUGCGACGCUUGCUCCCCUUGCCAAAAUACAACUGAAAUUGGUUGAUCUUUGUCAUAUUUUUAACCUCCUCCCUAAAUAAAGGGACCUACUCUAUGAGGGUAACUUUUAUUUCAAGUAUGUUUACUCUUGUAGGAAAUGAUUGGGUAUAAAGAUAUUUAUAGAACAGAUGGUUGACGUUACUUUCUCUCACUUACUCUCUUCCCUUAUAGAUUACUCCACGCACGAAAACAAUAUUACGAUGAUGUCACAAAAUCAAUUCGCCCCUGCAAGGGUGUCGAUCCUUGGAGGGAGCGAGAGAGGGCAGGGGGCAGUAAUUAGAAAUAAUAAUUUCGGCUUAACUUGUAUAUUCUAUGCUGCUAAUACUUCCUACGUAUGCGUUCGCUCCCCUCCCCUAUCAUGACAAUGGAUCAACGCCACUGUCAAAGUGACAAUAUAGCCCCAUAUUAUGGGUAUGGUUUUUUCCAGCCAUAUUACGAAUAAGCAUUUAUCACAAAUUAUUUUCAAACUGAAAUCUUUCAGGGAUUUGUAACGAUAUUAGCUAAGCUUUGCUGAUGACGGGUUUCACACGAUGAGGUGGUGCGCUGUUAGUAGGGUCGUCGAUUUCGGGGUGUGGGAGGAAGGAGGGAUGGGUCGUUGCCUCCAAUAAUUCAAGAAUCAUCUGCGUAUUAUAGGAAUCGUACUAUCCGAUUAAUCCUCCGCUAAAUGCUGAAGAUGGAUCAAUGCAUUUACUCACACAUGGAUGAUAAUCAUUCCACAGUCACACCACCACACCGACUUCAAACCGAUUUAUUUUGGGCCAUUCCAGGAAAUAUACUAAAGAAAUUCACCAAUCAACUGUCUGUUAUCAGUCUCGUCGAUGUGAACGGGUAUCAGGCUGUGACGUAGAGAAAAUCCAAGGUGCUGCAAUCAAAUCCCUCCAAACUCUAACGCCGUAUUCUAUACUCAAACUUUAAUCCGACGCUCGGCGUAAGUUUCUGUUCGAAAUCGGGUCAAGCAAAGAAAGUUAGUCUGAGGUCACCGAAUCAGUCUCCAACUUUCCCGCCAAAAUAAUUAUGUUAAAUCCUGACGUCACAGCUUGGGAAACUAAAUCAAGGUACACAUUGAUAAGGCAAGAUACAAACGAGGUCUUCUAGCGAACUGUAUUCGAUUUUUGAAAGUAUGAUAUCAACUACAAUAAAUAUGAUGUUGUAUAUUCUAUACGUAGAACAUUGAUCAGUAUUGCAACAGUGAGUGAGGUAUAAUGCACCGUUUCGCUUGUAUAUCGGUAUAUGAUGAAAUGUCAGUCAAAUUGGUGAAAGUGGUUUUAUUUCCUUUAUUUUUUAUCAGAAUUUAUUCUGUAAAAUCGAUGCGUGACAGUGUCUUUGGUGUCGAAUUGGAUUGUAACCAGUGCACUGUUCAAGAAACGGAUACAUAUCAAACUGUUUUGAAUUAACUAACAAUGGAUGCUAUACGCACACGAUUUGAUGUUAAGCCGAACGCAAAGGAUGCCAAAAGCUGGCAUUCUGGAAAUUGUAUUUCCCGCAUAUUUCGGCGGUUCAUGAUUGGUUCAUGAUUGUGUGAACAAUUUGAAUUUAAGAGCUGGUUGGUAAUAUAUGGUGUCUUCUGGAAUAUCGUGGAUAUAUAUAUAUAUAUAUAUAUAUAUAUUUGAAAAACAUCACCAAUCAUCAUUAUGCUCAUUUCAAAGUUGAAAAUGAGAAUUCUCUGUCUGAAAUUUGUUCUCUGUUUGAUAUAUCAUAUCAAUGAAUUCGUAAUAUUGUUGCGUCUAUCACGUUAAUCUACCUGACGGAGUAUUUGUGUCACUGUUCAUCAUUUUGAUACAGCUGGUUCCCUCUUAUCACUUUAGAAUGUAGUAUGUAAAAUUCAAGCCUAAUCUAUUUUACAAGCCAAAGAAACUGUGGGGUCAUUUUACAAGGAGCCUUAUAUAAUUUUUUGAAAACUGUAUGUUAUUUAAUGUUAGCACUACAAGUGGACUGUUGCAUAAUACUCUCGCGUCUCUUUCGCUGAUGCUGUACAUUUUGCAGUGAGCUUGUUUGAUAUCAAAUUGUAUUUAGAAAUUGUGAAGUGUUCACUGUCUCGGUGUAAAAUACAACUUUCAAAUUCCAUAAUGUCAAAAUUGACAAUAGCCUUUUCUUUUAAACACACAAAUUGUCUGGUCUUGAAAUAUGCAUGUGUAUUGUAUAAACCAAUGCAUUAUUAAUGAUCAAAAUAUUAUCAGUGAUUUUUCGUACUCUUACAGAGCAUACGUUAUGAGGAAAAAACGCGAACAUAUUAUAAAAUGAUGCAAAACAUAUCACUCGUCACCCGUUUUGAAACUACCUUCACCAAUUAGAUAACACAAUUUCAAUUGCCAGUUAUGACCAAUAAAGGUGAACAAUAUGAACUUUAAAGAGUACAAUUCGAUUAAAAUCAUUUAAUUGCAAGUGAUUCCACUAAACGACUCUCUUUAGUUUUAACGAUGUAAAAGUUGCGCCUUUUGUCACCAAACUAUAAGAGCUUAUAAAACCAUACCAGCUGUAGUUCAUGUAUUAGUGGUGCCGUUUUUGGAUCUAAAUUUGUAAUGUCACUCUUCAUACCAUACACUGUCUAUACCAUUGCCACGUUUUGAUGUGAAUAGCCAGUCUUAAAUGUGUCUAUGUGGUUGUGUGUAUCAUACAAGAAUUAAUAUAUUCCACAGAUGUGCUAAUAUAUGAAUCUAUUCUAUUCAUGGCAUUUUGUAUUUUGAUGUUUCAACAUUCUCCAAUCUUUGAAUACCUACAAGAGGAAUAUAUUUAUCCAACUGUUUAUUACUUGGGUGUACAUAAGUCAUUGCCUCUUUGAUGUGGUGUAUUCUGUAUGGGCGUCAGUUUUUCAAGAAUGAUUGUAGAGAAAUACAUGUCACAAAGUACACACAGCAUGCUGCUUUCUUUAAAUCUGCAUAUUCAUAUCUGCAUAUACAUAUCUUUAUCUGUAAUGUUAUAUUAGUGGAGGCUGGUUGUAAAACUGUACAGGGGUUCGAAUGCCGACAAAUAGCUUUCCGUAAGAUCUGCAGCCGCUAUUAUAUGUAACCCGUUAUUUUACAUUUGCUGUUGAGGUUUAACUCAUAAUUUUAACUUGUGAAAUGCUUUUCUUGGAUCAAAUGUUGGUGCUUAGAACAGACAUUUUGAAAUUUUUCGUCUUUUAGCAUUCCAUCGCGUUUCGAUCCCAACUAGACUUAGUUUUCCUUUCUAUACGUCUUUUUAGCAUUUAUAAAAAAGCGCUGAUACAUUUUAAUAUAACAUGUACUCGGAUUUUAUCUUUCAUUUGCUUGUUGUUUUUCUUUCGGGAAUGGUUGUCUAUCAAAUAUGCGGAUGCGCUUUCUUUUAAUCUGUACAGGGGCUCAAAUGCCGACAAAUCUAUUUAUUUUUAUGAAUACCAUGCAUGGGAUCUCGAGAAAGACGUGUUGAUGUGUAUUAGAAAGAGAGACAAAAAAACUCACUCGGAACUCAGGACGAUUGUUUACUACUUCACUGACUCAAAAAAAAGCGAUGCAAAUUGAAUGUUUUCUGGAUGUUUGUACUACAAGAGAAUGCCUUGGAACUGAAAUGAAACACACUUAGGUAUUAGUAUUAUCAUUGUUUUUUUUAAUUGAAAUACACAGAUGUUUUUGAAAUAUAGAUAUCAUGAAACUGUUGAAUGACUAGGUGGGACUACAAUGAGGAGAGUGGAUGCUUUUUGUAGUGUAUCAUUUUUUUAGGAAGCUUUUGUAAUUAUACACUAUUAAUACCAUGCUUUUCGUUCAAUCACGUGUUAUGAUGCCUGUAUAUAUAUAGACGGGAUUCGUUGUCAUGGAAAUGAUUUUUAAGAAUCAUUUGUAUUUUGUAAGAUUGUUGUUGGUGAUGGAAUCUGGCCACAAUUUGUGUUUGAUUGUGAUGUCAAGGAAUCGAUGACUGGUGGAAUAUAUUUUCACACUGUUAAAAAAAAAUUCCCAUGCACAUAAUCAUCAUAACAAUCAUUAUUAGUGUAAUUGUUACCAUCGAAGAAUUGUCUUUUUGCUCGAUCGUCCCUUUUAAUUAAUGCUUGCACUUAACUCCACCUUUUACUCGACGAAUAUGGACACAAAAAUUGCACGCUAAAAGUUAAUUAUUCGUCCCUUAUAGUCACUGCUUCUAAUGUAUAGUUUUAAUGUGAAACCGUCGUAAUAUUAAAGUAGUAUUUUGACGCAAGACAGGAGUUUUUAAUCAAAGAUCACAUAGUAUCUAUUAAAUGAGGAUUAACUAUUGUAUGAAAUUAGACAGAUGGGUUUAAAAUCGUAGUUUAAAUUGUAAUAAUAAUAAUAAUAAUAAUAUUUAGCUUUUAUAUAGCGCUUAAUACAAAUGUCUCUAAGCGCUUUACAAAUUGUAGUGCAAAUUACCAUUUCAGAAUGAACAAUACUUUCUUUUUGACAAUCAUAUUUCUAUAUUUGAAAGAAUAGGAUAUGUUAUGGUCAAAGAUGUAACAGAAGGAGAAUACAUGAAGAUGAAGAACUUUAACUGUAUACAAGCAAAAGAUCCAACUCUUAAUCCACAUUGGUUAAGCAUACCGAUAUAAAGAUUUUAUAUAACUUCUCUUUCAGAAGAAGAAAAAAAAUCGAUUACAUUUCUGUAUUUAUGAGUUGAGUAGUUGCUUUCUUUCUCUCUCUCUCUCUCUCUCUCUCUGAAUUAUUUAAACGAUUCUCUGUAUAUUAAUUCACCAGACACAAUGACCAUGCACGGUAACAAAAAUUGUAUUCUUUAUAAUAUUAUUAAGAAGCUGGAUUUUGGUGUCUUGUUAUGGUUGAAGUUCUUCAUUUAUCACCAGUGGCGUAGCAUGGGUUCAUUCCUUAAGUGGGCACUUGGGGCACCAAUCUGAAAAUGAUUUUUCCCCCUUUUUUUCUUUCUUUUUCCCCUCUUUUUUUCUUCUUCAAGGCUACUGGGGGGGGGGGUUGCGGGAGGUGAUCCGGGUGUCUUCUUUUCUCGCCCUCUCCCUCUCUUUAUCUUUUUUUCACCACCACUCGAUUGGGGGGCACGUGCCCCUGGUGCCCCCCCCCCUUUGGCUACGCCACUGCUUAUGACCUACUUAUACGGCCGUGUGCGGAUGGCAACAAUGUGUGUGAAAAUGCUGAGUACUGGAUUAUUUAAAUGAAAGUGUGUGUGCAUCGUAUCAGUCCUGUCAAACAGUAUUGUGCGAUAUCCAAAGAAUUUAUGUAGAAUGGAACAAGAUCUAAGACUAAAAAGUAGAGGAAAAUUUGAAGAAAUAUAUAUGUAUAGUGUAAGACUAUGUGAUUGAACAAGAGAUGUGUCAUGCAUCAGAUCUAAGACUUAAAAGUAGAGGAACGUUUGAAGAAAUACAUAUUGUAAGAAUAUGUAAGAUGUGUUAAAUUAGUAUUUUGUAAGAUCCAUGCUUUUAUCACUUUUAGUAACGACCGUCACAUGUUAUGUUCCAAAACAAUUCAUUGAAUUGCUGGUAUCACGGAUAAAUCUCAAACAAGAACAGGCUUGGGCUUACGGGUACAUUUUCGCGAGGGGAGCUGAUACCCCUUGCCCGAGUAUCAACACUUUCGUUUCCAAAUUGUCUGCAUGCGAACGAAUUUUUCGACACUAUUUGCAGUGAAUAUUACAAAAAAAUCACAUCCGGGCACCUCGUGUCGUCAAAGCUAUUAGGGAAUCUCACUGCGCAAAUAUGAGGUAACGGUUGCCCGAGUAUUGGAACUUUAAAAAAUCGCGAUGGGGGGUGGGGGGGGGGGGGUGGCUACUCUCUCCCCAAGUCCCCUCCUUAUCUUGCCCCGUACGCUUACGAAAACAAACGACUAUCAAUUAUUGUUGGGCUCUCUUCGGAUUAAAUGAGAGCUUGAAAAUUACAGAUCAUUUUACAAAGUUCUUGAAUUAAUUGGUAUGACCAAAUUCGACAGGCUUACGUAGAAUAAUAUUCUUUAAACGUUCAAAAAGUACUUGUCAUUCAGUCAAAUUAAGCUUAAACUGCAUUUCAAUAAACUGACCAAAUAGGCUACGUUUAGUGACAUCAAAUCCGUGAAUUACAUGUACUGGUCUAGAUAAAGUAACGAGCUGAUUGUUUGAUGGGUAAGUCAUGAAGGGAAUUAUAAAAGCAGUGUGACGAUGUUUAAUGUUGACGUAAAAACAAGCUUUCUCGAUAUUCUUUUGAAAUACAAAUUUAAUAGCCUUGAUGUAGAUUGUCACAAUAUUAUGUAAUAACUAUUGAUGGAUUGUAUAUUGUAUUAGAUUUUUUUUAAACGUGUUAAUUCCGACAAUAAUGUGCUGUUGUUUUUUUCUUUUCGAAUUGCAAUUUAAUGUAAAGCAGAAUAAAAAGGGUCUUCAUUGAACAACUACAAUUGAUUUUAGUGCACGCUGCUGGAGCUCUUACUGCUGCAAGUGAAAGUUUACUAAAAUGCAAAUUACAAUCAUCUUCCAUAGAGAAAUGCGAAAUGAAGUAAAUGCCCACCAUUCAUUGUAUAGACUCUUGUAUAUUAUGUUCAAUAUCGUGUUUAUAGUUUUGUGGCCAUUGCUGUAAUAAUAUGUCAAACUAGCUGCAGUGUGUUAAAACUACUCCAUGUACUUGAUGUAAGCUGAGUGUAACGCGAUAAUAGUCAUCUUCAGGGUGUUGAUUCGGGGCACUUUCUAUCAAUUAUUUCGGAAUUGGUCGUAUAUUCCGGUUAUGGAGCAUACUUCUUUCCUAUUGUUGUAUUUACCACCUCCCCCCCCCCCAUCUUAAAGAUUGGGGGGGGGGGGGCGUCCCAUGCACAGUCAUGAAACAAAGAACAACAAUUAGCCAUGUGAAAUUCAUCAUCGGCCUAUUCUGUAAAUCGGUGCCGUUACAAUGAUGUUUACGGCAUGCAUUUCAUACUCAUGCAGUAACGACUAUACUAAUACCCCCUUUAUGAUUAUUCACACAUGGACAACUGUCCUUAAAUGAUGAUGCCCACUAGACAAUUACCAUCAAGGAUAUAUAAUUACCAGGACGACUACCCGUGGACAAUUAUCCCCUUGGACAUCUCAUUAGGGAAAAUCAUUACCCCGGAAAAUUACCCCCUUGGGAUAUCUACUCGAUCAAAAAAAAUAACCGCCAUUCUAGACAAUCAUUUCCUAUAGGGUAAUUGUCCGUAUAUUAAUUGAGAGAGUAGUUGUUGUCCGGAGAUUUAUUACCUUUGAUGUGUAAUUCUCCGGGUAGUUAUUGUCUACAUUUGUGUGUAGUCACGCUACACGGAUGACUGUCCAAGGGGGUAGUUGUCCGGUCCAGUCGGCAAUCUUUCAUGGUAAUUAUACAGAUGAUACAUUACUUGUCCAGGAGGUAUAUGGUUCCUCGGAACCAGUUUCUUCAGAACCUCUGGUAAAAUAAUAUUUCAGCAAAAUAAUGAAACUGGAAACGUUACAUAAUUAUUGUUCAGUAUAAUAAGACCUAAUUUCCAAGGAAAAUAAUUAUUGGUUGUUUUUUAGUGUGGUUAAAGUCGUAGAUGAUGGUAAAAUUUUAUGUUAUGUGUGUGAAGCAGAUUUGCGACGUAAACUGCGCAAGCCUUAAAAAAAUGAAAGUAUGAUAUUGAUGUAAUUUGUGUUGUUUGUUUUUCAAGUAUAGUAGAAGAUUGAAAACGAAAAUAAGUUUCAAUAAAGUGCUCCAUAAAAGCAAAUAA